CGUAGCGAUUGAAUCUAGAAGCAGACGUGUUUAGUCGCAGACUAACAGGAAAUGUUGCUGUACAAAGGCUGUUGCGCGGCAUCAGUACUACUGUCGUUGAUAAGUGUGUGCCAAGCAGUGCUGAUUGUUGGGCCGAACACUAUACGUCCCAGCAGCAACUACACGGUGGUGUUAAACAAUAUCCAGCAGAAACAGGGCAAAGUGGAUCUGUUGGUACGGCUAGACGGUCAUGAUGGGGCAGGACGAACGCUGCUCAACCUCACCAAAUCAGCGUUUGUGCGACGAGCAAACAAGAUGAUAACGUUUGAGAUUCCUGGUAAUGUAGCUGCCGGUUACUACAAGCUUAGCAUCAAUAGCUUGGCUGGAUUCAGCUACAAUGAAGAAGUUGAGCUGGAGUACAUACCCAAAUCCAUUUCGGGACUGAUACAACUCAGCAAGCCCGUCUACAAACCAGGAGAUAGCGUUCAGUUCCGUGUGAUUGUGCUGGAUCCCGAUCUGAAGCCACCAUCAGACCUCAGAAUGGUGACUGUGACCGUACAGGACUCGGUCGGAAACAACAUUCGCAAAUGGUCCAAUGCGCCACUGUACAACGGAGUGUUUGAAGGCCAAUUGGACAUAGCUCCAUCGCCUCUUCUGGGAAAGUACAACAUAAAAGUCGAGGCAAACAAUGAAGAAUUGGUUUCCAAAUCGUUCGUAGUGAAGGAGUACGUACUAUCCACGUUCGAGCUGCACGUUCACCCUACGGUGGUUCCACUCGAAGAACACCAGGCGCUCAAUCUUACGAUAGCGGCCAACUACUACUUCGGCAAACCCGUUAUCGGUAGAGCGAAGGUUCAGCUUUAUGACGAAGAUAACAAUUUGGAACUAUCAAAGGAAUAUGAUGUAAACGGGCUACUGCAGGUUCACCUCCCUUUCGCCAACGGACUAUAUAUUCAAGACACUGAGCAGGAGUUCAAAGUGAACGUAUCUUUCAUCGAGCAAUACACAAAUCGCUCGGUUACCAAGGAACAUCACUUUACGGUGUACAAACGCAAAUAUCAAGUAACGCUAAUGAAGCAUCGUCCUGACGGCUCAACAUUCCCGUACGAAUUGAAGACUAAAAACCAUGAUGGAACUCCAGCGAAGGGAGUUACUGUACAUGUGCGAGUAGAUGGAAUGGAACUGGCCAUAGACUCCGAGCGAAGCUACACCAGUGAUGAUACUGGCACUAUCGAACUGCCGAUUGAUCCAGCCGCUUUAACGGAUCCAAUCGAUAUCAUUGUGUCUCUCGAUCACCAGGAGGUGCUGCUGGAGACUAUCAAACCAAUGGAGCAGAAGAUAGACAGUUACAUUAAAAUUCAAACAAAUUCCAGCAACACUAGCUUGAACCAAAAACUCAAGAUCGACGUCACUUGCUCCGAUCCCAUGGCGUUUCUAGCGUACUACGUUGUUUCUAAGCGAAGCAUCGUCGACGCAGGAUUCAUUCGCCUCAACCAGCUAUCUAAAUACCGGUUCCAGUUGGUAGCGUCGGGCAAAAUGGUGCCCAGAUCGAAAAUUGUCGUUGUUACAGUAGCUAACAACAUCAUUGUGGAUGACUACGCCGAUAUCGAGUUUGAAGAGUUUUCAAACAACUUUGAACUGCGGUUGAAAGAGGACGAAGUAAGUCCCGGAAGUGAAAUUGAACUGUUAGUUACCGGUCCCCAAAGGGCAUACGUAGCUCUAGCAUCGUACGACCAAAGUUUACUGCAGCAUGGCCAAGAGCAUGACAUCGUUCGUGAAGACAUUUGGAAGUUUAUCGAUGAACUGCAUACGACGGAAACGAACGAUUUUGAGCAUUUUCAUAGUAUGGGUCUGUUCGUUCGCACUCUGGAUGAGUUUAAAAUAAAUAGAGUACAGGACAAAACGGGCCGAGUAGGAGUUUUGGGCAGGAGUUCCACCGUUCCUGUACCUUUCAGGACGAACUUCCUAGAGUCUUGGAUGUGGAAGAACAUCACUAUACCUCGGGCAGGAAGCAGCACGUUGAUAGAAACGGUACCCGAUACAACAACUUCCUGGCACGUGACCGGAUUCUCCAUCGAUCCAGUCCGUGGACUUGGAAUGAUGAAAAAGCCCAUCCAAUUCACCACCGUGCGGCAGUUCUACAUCGUCGACAACCUACCGUACUCGAUCAAGCGCGGCGAAGCGGUACUGCUACAGUUUACACUGUUCAAUACGCUCGGAGCUGAGUAUUUUGCUGAUGUGACGUUGCAUAACGUGGCGAACCAAAUUGAGUUCGUUGGUCGACCUGCGGGAGAGGCAAGCUACACCAAGACAUACAUUGUUCCACCGGACGUUGGCAUUCCGGUUUCGUUUCUCGUGAAAGCACGCCAUCUCGGGGAAAUGCUCGUUCGCGUGGAAACCUCUUCGAUACGUUUUGAGAGGCAUGGAUUGGAAAAGAUCGUCCGUGUUUUACCAGAGAGUUUAGUAAAACGCAAAUCAAUCACGAGAUUCUUCUCGCAUGAAACAUAUCUUAAUCAAUCGAUUGUUUUCCAGCUGGAAACCAAUAAGAAAGCCGAUCCCAGUUCACUGAAAAUCGAUUUCUUCGUUAUCCCUAAUGUCCUGUCGAAGGUCGUGAAAAACCUAGGUAACCUGCUCAGCAGUCCAGCCGGCAGUGGUGAACAGAAUAUGAUACAUUUCGUGCCCAACGUUAUCGUGCUGGACUAUCUAACGACGAUCGGCUCCCAAGAAACAACCAUCAUGCAAAAGGCAACCAGACUGCUGCUGCGAUGCUACCAGAAGCAAAUGCAAUUCCGGCAACGAGAUGGUUCGUUUGGUGUUUGGAAGGAUCAGGGAGGAAGCGUUUUUCUCACAGCAUUCGUCGCUAAAUCCAUGAUUCCGGCAGCAAAGUACUUAAAUGAGAUAGACCAAGCUAUGCUGUCAAAGGCCUUCGACUGGCUAUCCGGCAGACAGCAAGAGAACGGUUCGUUCGUCGAAGUUGGUCCGAUCUUCUACAGUGACAUGCAGACUGGAUCGCGGCAAAGCAUCGCCCUGACGUCAUACGUGCUGAUUGCCUUUCUUGAGCAAGGAAACGAAGUAUACAAACGCUUAACAGUCAUCAAACGUGGUAUGCAGUAUAUCGCAAAUCACCUGGAGAACAUCACCGAUCCGUACGAUCUUUCCAUCGCUACCUAUGCUCUGUGGUUGAACGAUCAUCCCCUUAAAAACACCGCAUUGAAUAGACUUAUAGAGCAUUCCACUGAAAGCAAUGCCAAGCGCCACUGGCCUAGAGAUUCGAACCAAAUCGAAACCACCGCGUAUGCGCUUUUGUCCUUCGUCCGGGCCGGGAAGUAUGUGGAUGGUGUUGCCAUCAUGCGGUGGUUGGUAGACCAGCAAUACUCCACCGGUAGCUUUGCGCACACCCAGGACACCUUCAUCGGGUUACAGGCAUUGACGAAGUUGGCGGAGCAAAUAUCACCGUCAAGAAACGACUUCUCUAUCCAGCUGACUUAUGCAGGCGCCAAAACCAACUUCCGCGUUACCUCGACCGAUAUCGACAAACUACAUUACAGUGGCAUACCAAGCACCGUGUCGGAGCUGACGUUGGACAUCGCUGGUCUUGGUUUCGGAAUGUUGCAGGUGGCCUACGAGUAUCGAUUGGAUUUGCUGAACUUUAAAAACCGCUUCAACCUGACGGUAAACCAAUUGAACUCGACGUCGGAUGCUGUCUUGAAGUUGCACAUUUGCACCAGCUUCAUAGCGAGGCUUGCGGAUGAGCGAUCGAGCAUGGCAUUGGUGGAGGUGACCUUCCCGAGUGGCUACGUAACAGAGGAUAGCUUGAUUGUUGAACAACCUGGCAUCAACCCGAUCCAGAAAGUCGAAAUCCUCUACGGUGCUACGACUGCUGUGCUGUACUACGACAACAUGGGUGCCGAGAACAACUGUUUCGAGAUCACUGCGUACAGGCGCUUCAAGGUGGCACUCCAAAGGCCGGCCUAUGUCAAGGUGCACGAUUUCUAUAAACCGAAUCACAACGCUAUUAAAGUGUACGGUGGAGACAAACAGGACAUUUGCGAGAUUUGUGAAGGAGAAGAAUGUCCCGGAACAUGCUAGAUGAUUCUCGAAAAGGCCAAAUUCGUCUUCAAACAUGGCAAUCACAUGUUUAGAGUCGAAUGAAAUCGUGCGAGGGCAAACCAUGCGUUGGCGCGCAAGCGUUGAACUCGACUGAACAGUGUUAUACUGUAUCAAUGUUAAAACAAUCUUAUUGAAACACAAAAAUGAACAGUCCAUCGACUUCAGUAAAGGAAGCUGAAUGUCCUGUUCAUUCCAUGUAAUAAAUCGUUGAUUUGAUUUUCUAGUA